AUGGCUCAACGAGAGUUGAAUCAGCGCAACUUUGUUGCAGAGAUGAUGGAAAUUGUUGUGGCAAGACCACCGAAUAAGCCGAGAACAAGACGGACUUCGGUGCCAACUCCGACUCAAUAUGCUCGAGAGACUAACAUUGUGGACGCUUUCCCGAUCUGGGUCGAGCCAUCAUCAAUCGCUAAACGUACCUCAUCUCCUGAAGAAGAUCUCGCAGCCACUCUCAAGUUCAACAUCUCUCGGACUCAUCGUCUUCGACUCAUCAGCUAUUGUGUGGAUGGCAAAAGGUCAGGUCCAUUGCUUGAUGAAAGAGAUGAAAUGAAGACACAAGUCCUUCAACACUUGGCUACAUAUGAUGCAAUGACCAAGGACUCCUUGUCAAAAAUGGACAAUGAUCUCUUUGAUGAAAGUGACAAUGAGAAUGUGGAGAGCAAGACGAGCACUCUCAACUCAAACAGUAGCAAUGAAGAGGAUGGAAAUUUUGGGCAAAAGACAAGAAGAAAAAACUCUUUCCAACACAUGUGCUCGACGAUCAUCUUCACGAUUCUCCGAGUGCGCAAUCGGCGCCGUCCCACUCAUGGCCGAGCU